AUCACUAUCAAAUAACCCUCUUUCUCAUCAUUCGACCGAGAGAGCAAAAUUAUUUUUGACCUAUUUCUUGGUGCCGGGACCACUUAAAGACGAAUGAACUUACCCGGGUAAUGUUGGGAAGAUACAAUCUUUGGAACAUUACAAACUUCACCAAGGGUUUUCAGCAACUAUCUGAAGGUAGCCUCUGACAGUGUACAGCAGGUUCAUCGACGAACGGGAGUCGAAGGGGAAAAAAACUGAUGCGAAGACACAGACCGGGUGUAUCCGAGACGUCGGUAAUUGAAACCAAUUGUCAUUAUCGAGGUGCGGUGUUCUUGCAUUGCAGGCAGUGACCCCAAACACGUCUGCUUAUCCCAGAACAGACGACCUAUUGAAGGCGCGAGAACAAAAGCAUGGUUGCGUGCAGACGUCAUUGCCAGGCAUGAUAUUUAAGGAUAAAGGCGGUGAUUAUUUUAUGGAUGUGUGGAGUGUGGGAUAAAUAAUACCAGAUUUUGAUAACAAAAUAGAAAACUAGUUGAGUUCUCGUCUGAAAGUGGUUUUUAGAAGACCUUUUUCGUUCUUCUUUUUUUUUUUCUUUUUUUUUUUUUCUUUUUUCUUUAUUCAACAAAUGUGAGGCUAUAUGUGUAAACAGAUUUACUAAGUGUGGUGCCACAACGUUCUGUUGAGUUUUUAUUUUUAUUUUUUUACGUAUUCUGGAGAUAACAUAUUUCGCCCUCAUGUCUUCCUUGUGUGCUGGGCGUGGCCCUUUCAUCUUCCUGUCGGAUAUCUGUGGAGGCUAGAAUGCAAAGGAGCCCCACAAAAGGUAAUCCUAUGGCCGGAGCUGUAAGUGUUCUCAAACCACCCAAGAAGCCCUGCUGGACAGAUUUUGUGGACCAACAUCAAAAAGGUCAACAGGUGAAAGAGCCGAGCGUCGAACCUGUGGAAAACACUAGAACUCAUGGAGGAGGCAAAUCGGGUGUCCAUGACAAUACUGAGGGAAAGAAUGGCAUACCCCACGCUGUGGCACCCACAAAACCCAGUAAACAAAUCAAACGUGUCAGGGCCAAAAUUCACAGAACUAGGAGUGAACACACGAUUUCAGAUCUUCCAGAAGGGAUGCUGACGGUCAGUCUAGCACAGACUAAACCGAAAGAGUUUGGAUUACGGAAUCGGACAUCCGGGUGCGAUGAUCGGGUGUAUCAGGAGGAAAACGCCCGUCGGUGUCAGAACUGGUUAGCAAGCAUAGAGGCGUGCGAACCCCUCGACGAAAUAGGUUAUACUCAGGGUAAAGGAGAAGGGGUGGACGUGGAGAUACCAGAAGAAACCAUCUGGAACGAAAAGGGGGAGAGGUGUGUACAGUCUAACACGAGUGCGUCCAGUUCAGAUGACGAUGUUGAUGGCGGUGUCCAUGAGGAUUUCACGACACUCGUUGAAUCACAGUGUGACCGUGUUAUACAGACUUCUUCCAAAACGGAUGUACACUUGCACCACAAGUUUAUCAGGAAAAAACUCGUUUCAAUUCAAGUGGAUACCGGUAUUGAAUGAUAUCGUGCCGCUUGAGAAAUUGUUGUUUAUUUUAAUAUUCAGGGUGUAUAUUUUGUUUUACGAUGGUAUUUGUUACGUCAGUGAUUCCAAAGGAGACAUGUUAUGUAUA